GUGUGAAUUCCUUCUCCUCUUUCCUCGAGAAUCCAAAUCGGAUUCAAUCACUUUUCCGAAUGAAAUUUCUCCGUUACGACAUAAAACCAUGAGAACCUUGUCCCCUUCCCGUGGCCACGCCCUCUCUUCCUCUGUAAUUCCCACCGUUAACCCUAGACGACGACGACGUUUGUUGUCCGUUCUCUUCUCCUUCCUCCGUCUCGCUUUUACUGCUUCCAUGGCUUCCGGACAAGAGUUCAAGCCUCCGUGUUCGGACACGGACUCCGGUCCCGUGGUCCCCACCACGCCACUUGUCACUCUCCUCGAGCGCCUCCAGCAAUAUGCCCUCCUCUCCUACCCGAACUCCUCCGCCAUUGACCCGAAAUCCUACGUCGACUUGUCCCUCAAGCACCGUCACGACCUCCCCGCCGCCGAGUUAGCCUUCUCCAAACUCACCGGGUCACGUAUCUCGCCGCUUCCGAUCCACGAGCUCGAAGCGUUCAUCGGAGAGUACUUCGACGGUGCAGGGGACGAUCUGGUGUACCACGAACCGGAUGAUUUCGUCCCCGAGCCGCUAGGGUUCCUGCCCAAGGUGGAGAACGAGGAAGUGAGGGCUUGGGCUCGUGAGGUUCACGCGCUGUGGAAAAACUUGAGCCGGAGAGUCUCUAACUCAGUCAGAAACUCCCCGGACCGGCACACGUUGCUUCCAUUGCCGGAGCCAGGGAUCAUCCCCGGUUCCAGGUUCAGGGAAGUGUAUUACUGGGAUUCUUACUGGGUCAUCAGAGGACUUCUUGCGAGUAAAAUGUACACCACGGCGAAAGCUGUAGCGAAGAAUCUGAUUUCACUUGUGGAGACUUACGGCUAUGUUCUCAAUGGGGCAAGGGCUUAUUACACUAACAGAAGCCAACCACCUCUCUUGAGUUCGAUGGUUUACGAGAUUUUCACCCGAACUGGCGACAGAGAGCUUCUCAGCAGAUCUAUCCCGGUUCUUGUCAAAGAGUACGAGUUCUGGAACUCGGGUAUGCACAAGGUGAUUAUCCGGGACCCUCUCGGUUGCAAUCACACAUUAAACCGCUAUUACGCGAUGUGGAAUAAGCCACGGCCCGAGUCCUCUGUAUUUGAUCACGAAUCUGCGGCAAGGUUCUCGAGUGCGUCAGAGAAACAGCGGUUCUAUCGCGAUCUUGCCUCGGCAGCUGAAUCAGGGUGGGAUUUCAGCUCAAGAUGGAUGAGGGACCCUUCUGAUUUCACGACUUUGGCCACAACAUCGGUCGUGCCCGUCGAUCUAAACGUCUUCAUUCUCAAGAUGGAACUUGACAUAGCUUUCUUGAUGGAGGCUUCCGGAGAUAGAAAUGGUUCCGAGCGUUUUCUCAAUGCAUCGAAAGCGAGAGAGAAGGCUAUCAAUGCCGUGCUUUGGAACGAAAACGCGGGACAAUGGCUCGAUUACUGGCUUACCUGCAAUGCUGAAGAAACUGAAACGUGGGAAGCUCAGAAACAGAACCCAAACGCUUUUGCAUCUAACUUUGUCCCAGUCUGGAUCAGUCCGUACAACUCUGACGAAAAUCUGGUCAAGAAAGUCGGGAAAGCGCUUCAAGACUCGGGCCUGAUCGCUCCGGCCGGAAUAGCAACCUCCUUGAUCAACUCAGGGCAACAAUGGGAUUUUCCGAACGGAUGGGCGCCACUGCAGCAUAUGAUAGUCGAGGGAUUGGCGAGAUCGGGAGUGAAAGAAGCGGCGGAGAUGGCUGAGGAGAUGGCGAGAAGAUGGAUCAGAAGCAGCUAUGGCGUGUACAAGAAGACAGGAACAAUUCAUGAGAAACUCAAAGUGGAUGAGUUCGGUGAAUAUGGUGGUGGCGGCGAAUAUAAGCCCCAGACUGGGUUCGGAUGGUCCAACGGGGUCAUAUUGACGUUCCUCGAGGAAUUUGGAUGGCCUCGUGACCUCGCACCGUAGAUUAAGGUAUACUUUUAUCGUAUAGAAUUGUUAGGUUAAAUCACGCCAGUGAUUUAUAAAUAUUGAAUAAAUAUUUGAUGAUGAACAAAUUA